GGGGGUGGAGUAACAGUAGAAGGGGCCUGGAGAGGCAGCUGGAUGUGUCUUGUCUAUCAGAAGGAGUCGUCUGAAGGCGAUGCGCGCACGUUUUUUUGCCCUCUCUGCGUUCAGAAGGAACGUUCCUACUUCUCUGUUUUCAACUGAAGCGCGUUAGAUGUAUUAAAAGAACAGGAAGCAACAAGAAGAACAGACCAGACGAGUUUCAGAGAAAUUUCCAAGUGUCCGUGUUUUGACAAUCGGACGGUGUUAUAUCUCCUUUACCGAUUUUCCUCCUCGCAGCGCAGCCUUGGAGAGCGCGCGCAGUGCGGCGAGAGCGCAGAGACACGCGGCACCAGCCCCGCAGUUUGGACUCCUUUCCUCCGAGCAGAGGAUGCGGUCCUCCGAUUGGAGCACAACCCGGAGCGCGUUUGAUCGGAGGGAACUGGUCUGAAAUCUGAACCAAACCACAUCAGCCCUUCCUGGAGUUUUUCCCCCCCCCUAAUCGGACGAAGUUAACAAUUUCUACCCCAUAUCACCAAUACGCACAAAAAAGACGCACUGAUUUUGAAACUCUUCGCCCUUUUAAGGGGAUUUACCCUUUUGAAUAAAAUCAGCUUCCUUCGCUUCCAGCUCGGUCCGUUGUUUUGAUCUCUGCAUGAACAGUCAAGCGGAAAAUCCCGCAGCAGCAGCAGCAGCAGCAGCAGCAUGCCGAGGAGAAAGCAGCAAGCACCGCGGCGGUCAGCAGCUUAUGGACCUGACGAUGAGUUUAAAACAGGGAAACCUGAUGAAGACGAGCACCUCAUGGACGAUUGUCUUUCCCUUGAUGGUCAAGAUGGAGACUAUAUCUUUAAUGAUGAUGAAGACCCAAGGGAACCCUAUAGCUGCCAGAACUCUCCCCUUAGCAAUGGCACUAACCAAGAUGCUGGAUAUGCUUCCCCUCUCAGUACUACGAGCGAUCAACUGGUGGAUCUUAAGACCACCACUUCCACCUCUAGUGAUCAAGAGAAGCUAGAGGAAAAGCUUGGGGAAGGCACUGAGUCAAUGGAUGCCCUCUCUCUUCAGGACAGUCUGACAAAAAUGAAAGCUGUCUAUGCAAACUUCAUUUCAGAUGCCGCCUGGUCCAGCAUUGCUGUGGAUAUGCUUAAAAGUAAACAAGGUAAUAAUUUGGCAGCUAGCAAUGGUAGAGGUAGCAAUUACAAAGGCAGCAAUGGGUUUCUGAAUAAUCACAGUUCAAACCACAGCCAUCUAAAGAGCAGAUUUAGUGGUAAUGAUACCCCAGUCACCACUCAAGUAAACAGCAGCAGCACGACUACACGGACAGUCUCAAGCAACAGCAGCACUGGCACUAGCUCCGCCAACACUGGAGGAUUAGCCUAUGACUGGCAUCAGGCAGCUUUAGCAAAAACUCUUCAGCAAAAUCCAUACCAACUCCUUCCUGAGCCAAGCCUCUUCAGCACCGUGCAGCUUUACAGGCAGAACAACAAAUUGUACGGGCCAGUCUUUACUGGAGCCAGUAAGUUUCGAUGUAAGGACUGCAGUGCUGCCUAUGAUACCUUGGUUGGUUUGACUGUGCACAUGAAUGAGACUGGCCACUACCGUGAUGACAACAAAGAUCCAGAGGAUGAUCGAAGUAAGAAGUGGUCCAAACCACGUAAGCGGUCUUUGUUGGAGAUGGAAGGCAAAGAAGAUGCUCAGAAAGUUCUCAAGUGCAUGUAUUGUGGCCACUCUUUUGAAUCCCUGCAAGAUCUUAGUGUUCACAUGAUCAAAACUAAACACUAUCAGAAAGUGCCUCUAAAAGAACCAAUGCCAGCUCUCACAUCUAAACUUGUACCCCCAACCAAAAAAAGAGCAUUUCAAGACUUAAUGUCCCCAAGCUCACCAGAGUCUGUGUCUCCUGGCAUAUUCUUUGGAGACUCUCCAAAAGACCAAAAAGCAGCUAAUCCCUAUGUCACUCCUAAUAACAGAUAUGGUUACCAAAAUGGGGCCAGUUAUACCUGGCAGUUUGAAGCCCGAAAGGCGCAAAUUCUCAAAUGCAUGGAAUGUGGCAGCUCCCAUGACACAUUGCAACAGCUUACAGCCCACAUGAUGGUCACUGGACAUUUUCUGAAAGUCACAAAUUCAGCCUCUAAAAAGGGUAAACAAUUAGUUUUGGAUCCUGUAAUUGAAGAGAAAAUUCAGUCGAUUCCUUUGCCUCCCACCACAACUCGUCUCCCGGCGCCCAAUGGCCAGCCCCAGUCUGACUCCCCUUCGCAGCCAUGCAGCCCCAAAGAGAAAAAUGAGGAUAAAAUAGAUAAUGAGGCAGAGGAAGAGAAAGUAGAAUUAGGCGAAACUGAUAAAAAAAUUAAAGAGGAAUAUGAAGACCCAAGUGAAAAGUCUGACAAGCCUGUUAAGACCAGAUCUUACCAGUACCUUACAGAAGAGGACUUAGAAGAAACACCAAAGGGUGGCCUAGACAUCUUAAAGUCUUUGGAGAAUACAGUGUCAAGUGCAAUCAGCAAGGCCCAAACAGGAGCACCAACAUGGGGUGGCUACCCCAGCAUUCACGCUGCGUAUCAGCUCCAUGGAUCCCUUAAGUCUACUUUGUCCUCCUGUGCACCGGUUCAACCUCUAUUCAGCAACUCCAACUUGAAGGUAUUGUCCUCUGACAUGGCCUCUUUGAUCCAUUCACCAAAUAGCCCCUCUCCACCUCUUAGCCAAAAAAACAAUGUGCUGGCUAUGGAGGAGCUUGUGGAAAAGGUGACAAGGAGUAAUUCUACAAAUGAUGAAAAAGAUGAAACUAAGUGCAUGUCUACAAAAUCACCAUCGCAAAGUACCAAGGCCAGUGCAGAUGCUGCCCCCAAAGUAGUGCAAAUCUCUAAAGUUGAGAUCCCUCUUGAUCUAAAAGGUACAGAAGAGCAAACUGAGCCUAAAACAGAAGUAAAGAUAAAAACUGAGGAUGAAUCACCACAGAAAACAGGUAUCAAUGGCUGCAAUAGCCUUAGCAUUAUCACUGAUAAUUUAUCUGAGCAAUCUCUUGUGAGCCCUCUCAGUGCUUUGCAGUCUGUUAUGAAUAACCAUUUGGGGAAAGCCGCAAAAGUUCCAAGACCUUCUGUGGACCCAUUUACAAUGCUUUAUAAGAUGAGCAGCUAUGCCCACACUAAACAAGCAGAGCCAUCAAGUCAAUAUAAUAAUGAUAAUAAUGAUCAGCCCAUAGACUUAACAAAAUCCAAAACCAGCAAUGUUGGUUCAGCUAAAGCUAAUCCUAUAACACCAAACAAUAAUAAUGCAAACAAUGUUAAAGCAGUUUUUAGAAAUUUCUCCCAAUCAUCAUCUUCACCCCUUCGAGAGAAUGCUUUGAUGGAUAUUUCGGACAUGGUUAAAAAUCUCACGGGCCGUUUAACACCUAAGUCUACUACACCAUCCUCUGUCUCAGAGAAAUCAGACAUAGACGGCUUUACUUUUGAUGACAGCAUGGAGGAGCUCUCUCCCAUCCAAAGAAGGAAAGGCCGACAGUCAAACUGGAAUCCUCAGCACCUCCUGAUUCUCCAGGCCCAGUUUGCCUCUAGUCUUCGGGAGACACCUGAGGGAAAGUUCAUAAUUAGUGACCUGGGACCUCAAGAGCGAGUACACAUUUGUAAAUUUACCGGUCUCUCCAUGACCACUAUUUCGCAUUGGCUGGCCAAUGUAAAGUACCAGUUAAAAAGGACAGGUGGAACAAAGUUCCUCAAAAACAUUGACUCUGGCCAACCUCUGUUUUUGUGUAGUGACUGUGCUUCACAGUUCAGGACUCCCUUGUCCUAUAUUAACCAUUUGGAGACCCACUUGGGAUUUACCUUAAAGGACCUCUCCAAACUUUCUCUAGACUUACUUGAACAGCAGGCAGUAACCAGAAUUGCGGAAAAGACGUUAACGUCUUCUGGACUUAAUGAAGAUGAUACUGGCUCAGCGUAUCAGUGCAAACUGUGCAACCGGACAUUUGUGAGCAAACAUGCAAUCAAAUUGCAUCUUUGUAAAACACAUGGAAAGUCACCAGAAGACCAUCUGAUCUAUGUGAAGGAACUUGAAAAGUUAGAUAAACAGUGAUAUCGAUGAUAUGGCAUGAUAUAUUCUUGUUGCACUAAAACUCUUAAGUCUCAAUCUGUCAACACAGGUUGUGCCACAGCUGUUUCAUAUAAGAUUUAACACCAUAUAUUGUAAUUAUUCAUUGAAUUUGAAUAAAAAAGGUUUUAUUUGCAAUAACUCGGAAACAGAUUGUUAUGGUUGCUUUUACACAUUUCUACAGAUUGGUGCAACAGACUCAGCACUAUAGAGUCAUUGAAUAAUUGUUAUUUCAUCAAUGCACUGCAUUUUAACUGAGCCUCUAGCAGUAGUCUGCUGUUUUCAAACUGACCUAUGCUCUUGUGUUCAUCACUGUUUAUUUUAGAAUAAAUAUAUUUUACUGUAUUUUGCAUAUUAUGAAGCUGUGCAUGUUUUCAUGUAAAGCAAUGAGAAUGUUAGGUCUGGUUACUUUCAGUCAUUAUGGCUUAAUUGAUGUCCCCAAUUAACAAAGCUAACUACUUUAAAGUUUAAUGGAUAAAGAUAGUGUUCCAAAAUGAUUCUGCACUUUCUGUGAGCCUAAACCAAUGAAGGAAAUUUGAUUUAAAAAGAUCAAGUUUGGUUUUAAGGCCCUUAAUCGAACCAUGAUGUUGUUUAUUUACCAUUAUGCCACAAUGAAAUUUCAGGCAUCUGUUUUUCCUUAAACCCAAAAUUCUUACUUGUCGUCUUUUUAACAUGUACAGUACUUGCUUAGAAGCCCAUCAGAAUUAUCAUGAAGGAGCUAAAGUUUUAAAGGUAAUAAAGUUAAAAACUCAAUGUAAAAAAUAAUAUUAAUAAAUAAUGUAUGUUGGCAUAUCUUGCUACUUACAAGUUCAGUAUUAUUUGUACUGUGUGGAUUUUUACGGUGUUAUUUUCUAGACCAAUUCAGAGGUUGAUGGUGUGAAGCUACAGAUUACUGUUGGACCAAAAAUGUCCUUUUUUCAGUGAGUUGUAGGUCCCUUAAUGUGCUUUUUAUGAAAUUACAUUUCUGACAUCUGAUUUGAUGUCAAUGACUGUAUAUAAGCUUGAAAUGAUUUGCUCUCAAGAGUUCCAGGUUUUUGUCAUGACCAGUUAUUCUAAAUGGCAUCCUUUAUCCUAAGUUGUAAAAUAAAUGUCAUGUCCUGGAAUAAA